GCGACCAUCCUCAGCAACAGCGCUGCUCCAUCCGCGUCCACCGCCCUCGCUCGCACGACGCCACAACUGGCUCUCGGCAACCACACCCACUUCUCGUCCUCGACUCGCCACCUAGCCAUGGGUUCCAACUCGUCGACAGCCGCCAACUUCCCUCGCGGGCAGAGCGAGGAGCAGUGGCGUGCGCAGCUCAGCCCAGAGCAGUUCCGCAUCCUCCGCAAAAAAGGUACCGAAAUGGCCGGCAGUGGGGAGUACGACCGCCAUUAUCCGUCUUCAGGCGUGUACGCAUGCGCCGGCUGCUCCCAGCCCCUCUACAAGGCUUCGCACAAAUUCAAGAGCGGCUGUGGCUGGCCAGCUUUCUUUGACGCUAUCCCUGGCGCAAUUGACAGGCAUGUGGACCGAACGUUUGGGAUGAAGAGGAUUGAAAUUACGUGCAGCGGGUGCGGUGGACAUCAGGGACAUGUGUUUGAGGGAGAGGGCUUCGAUACGCCCACUGAUGAGAGGCAUUGCGUCAACUCUGUCUCGAUCAAGUUUCAGGAGGGGGACGCCCCGGUAAAGGAGUAGAAGUGCGUGCGGGACGUGCUAAUAUGAUCUUCUUGUAGACCC